UUGACCCUGCAAGAUGGCGGAAAAUGACGGAAUUUUGGUCAGCCCGGCUCCAGGCGAGACGAGAGACGCUCUAGCGGACGGCAUGAUGAGACUUCUGCGGCCUGCCGUGGAGGAACUGGACGAGAGAGUCCGCGGCGUCAGACAGAGCCAGUUGGAGCUGAGAGAACAGAUAGAUGGUUUAUGUGGAGAGUUGAAGAAGAUAAACGAGGAGCAGCAAGUUCCUGUUGAUCUGGAGCCGUACGUCAAGAAACUGAUGAACGCCCGCAGGAGAGUCAUGGUCGUCAACAACAUCCUACAGAACGCUCAGGAGAGACUUGGUAGACUCCACCAGAGCGUUUCUCGGGAAACCGCCAGAAGAAAAGCCCUUCUAGAACCCCCUAAUGCUGGACCAGUCAUGUGACCUGUCAUGUGAUCAGUCAUGUGACCUGUCAUGUCAUCUCAUCUAUAAUGUCAUCAAUCAUGUGAUCAUCAUCAUCAACUUGUUAUCCUUACCAUUAGCUUGAUAUCCAUCUGUGAUCUAUGUAGCUACUGGGUCUCAAUCCAGUUGCCUCUACCUGACUUUAGAAGUGGCUGGAAAGAGUAGAAAUUGACUACUAGUAAAUAG